AUGCGUCUGGGCUGUGGCGUGGCCCGCGGGGGGCGCGUUGCUCCUCCUACGCAGGACUCCCUGUGCUCUCAUUGGCUCUGCCGGGGACAGCAGGAUUCCCUCUGCUCUCAUUGGCUCUGCCAGGGACAGCAGGACUCCCUGUGCUCUCAUUGGCUCUGCCGGGGACAGCAGGAUCCCUGUGCUCUCAUUGGCUCUGCUGGGGACAGCAGGAUCCCUCUGCUCUCAUUGGCUCUGCCGGGGACAGCAGGACUCCCUGUGCUCUCAUUGGCUCUGACGGGGACAGCAGGACUCCCUGUGCUCUGGCUCUUUCUCCUGCAGGCCAGCCGGAAAGCGGGGACCCAAAGCAAAGCAGCCGCCAAGCGUGCCCAGCGGGGCUCCUCCAACGUCUUCUCCAUGUUUGAGCAGUCUCAGAUCCAGGAGUUCAAGGAGGCAUUCAGCUGCAUUGACCAGAACCGCGACGGCAUUAUCACCAAAUCAGACCUGAAGGAGACCUACUCCCAGCUCGGGAAAGUGAACGUGAAGGACGAGGAGCUGGACGAGAUGCUGAAGGAGGGGAAGGGCCCCAUCAACUUCACCGUCUUCCUCGCACUCUUUGGGGAGAAGCUGAAUGGCACUGACCCGGAGGAAUCCAUCCUCAACGCUUUCAAACUCUUCGACCCCAACGGCACCGGCCACGUGAACAAAGAUGAGUUUAAGCAGCUGCUGCUGACCCAGGCAGAUAAGUUCACCCCGGAGGAGGUGGAGCAGAUGUUCGCGGUGACGCCCAUCGACGUGGCGGGAAACAUCGAUUACAAAUCCCUCUGUUACAUCAUCACCCACGGCGACGAGAAGGAGGACUGAUGGGCGAGGGGGCCGGUCGCACGGGCCACAUGCCUCGCGCCGUGGAAAUAAAAGCCCCAGCCAA